AUCACCCUGGCUGUGCUAUCAAGCAUCCGAAAAUACUGGUUGGAAUUGAAAACGUGCCUGGGGGAACACCCACAGCAUGACCCAUGUGGGGCGGAGCAGACAGCAGGGAAUGCUGCCCCACUGCCCUGGCUGCUGGGGCAACAGAUUCCCUUGGAGGAGAGCACUGCCAGUCACUGAGUGACACAGCACUGUGUGCUGAUGGGAGCCAAAGGCAGUGACGUACCUCUAUGGCUUCGUUGGAUGUGGUGGUAAACGUGCCAGCCCCAGGAUGGAGCUGGGAAGCUCCUGACACUGCUGAGUUGCUGUCCCCAAGGCCACCUGGGUGGGCGUUCCGCUGCUCCAUAAUGUACCUGGGAGAGGCUUGAGUCGCUGCUGCGAGGGAGAAAGAAAAUCUGCAUCCCUGCGGUCAGAGCCAGGCAUCCUAACAUGGCAAGCACCCAUGAAGAAGAGCCACAUGCUGAGGACACAGCAGACCAUGAUGCACACAUCUAUGAGGAGGUGAUGCUCUGUGAGCGGAUGGAGCACAGCCAGCGGCUGGCUGUAGAGGAGCUCAUCACCACCGAAGCCAGCUACGUGCACAACCUCCAGCUGUGCCUGUCCGACAUCCGGGCACACCUCGAGAAGAAGCAGCUGCCUGGUCUUGACCUGGAAGGACUCUUCUCUAAUAUUGAUGACAUCCUCCAUGUCUCCAGACGGUUCCUAAGGGGACUUCAGGACACUACUACCCAGGAGCAUGAGCAGCUGCUCAGCAUCAGCACUCUAUUCCAGGAGUUCAAGGAGGAGAUGGAGAUGGUCUACAAGAUCUACUGUGCCAGCUAUGAGCACGCUCUCUUGUUGGUGGAGAGCUACCGCAAGGACCCCAGGCUGCAGGAGGAGAUUAUGGACACCCUGAAUGCAACAGUGCCUCACACGAGCGCCUCAGAUCUCAGCUUCUUCCUGGUGAUGCCGGUGCAGAGAGUCACCAAAUACCCACUGCUGCUGGGCAAGAUCCUGGAGAAUACCCCUGCCAACACCAGCACCCAUUCUGCCCUCGCUGCAGCCGUGCGUGCCAUGACCCAGGUCAAUGCCAACAUCAACGAGUACAAGCGACGCCGGGAAGUGGCUACCAAGUACAACAAGGCUGAGCAGCUGACGCUGCGGGACCGCUUCGCUCGCCUCAACCCUCACUCCAUCGCCAAGAAGACCACGCGGCUGAGCCGGCUCCUAAUGCACGAGGCCGGCAUCGUGGCCAAGACAGAGGACAAGGAGUACGAUGAUCUGGAAGAGAGAUUCCAGAGCGUGGCAUCCUGUGUGACUGCACUGAAGGAGAACAUGGCAUCCUACCUGAAGCACUUAGAGGCAUUCCUGCUGCCUACCCCACACAAGUGUGAGCUGCAGAUGGAGGAGGGCCCUGCCCAGCAGUACCGCCGCCUUGCAGAGCACCUCCAUGGCACUGUGUUCCCAGAGUUUAGGCGCCGGCUGGACAGGCUGGUCUGGCAGCCCCUCUGCAGCUUGGCAGAGAUGCUGGUGGGGCCACAGCAGCUGGUCAAGAAACGCCUGGACAAGCUGCUGGACUAUGAAGAGAUUCAGGAGAGGAAGCGUGAGACAGGCAGCGUGACAUAUGACGAGGAAGCAGCCAUGAACACCUACCUGGCCAUCAAUGCAUUGCUUGUGGCUGAACUCCCACGCUUCAACCAGGGGGCCAUGCAGCUCCUGAGACAGAUCCUGGGCUCCUUCAUUGUCCUGCAGGAGGACUUGGCUGCAGAGGUUCUGCAUGAGGCUAAUAAGGAACUAGAGCAGAUGCCUCAUGGCCACAUGCCGUUGCCUGCUUUCUGGAGGAUGGUGGAGGACACCCUGCAGCAGUCGGGCAUCCAGCUCCGUACUUUCAUCCAGGCAUUUGAGACCGUCACACCAAACCCUGUGCCACAGCCCCUGAACCCUGCUGAGGAGCGGAAGGUCCGUUCCCUUGUGAGCAAACAUGGCCCAGACAAACUUUACCAAGUGACAAGCAACGUCAGUGGCAGCAAAGACAUGGACCUGACCUUGCAAAGGGGGCAGAUUGUGGCUCUGCUGCAAAGUGUGGAUACUAAAGGCAACACAGGCAGAUGGCUGGUGGAUGCUGGAGGUCCCCGAGGGUUUGUGCCUGCUUCCAAACUCCAGCCCUAUAGCCCAGGACCAAGCCAGCAGCCCAGCAUGAAAACGUCAGCCCUAGAGAUUGGCACAGAGGGAAGGCGACAUUCCUAUGUGCCACCUGAAGCUCCUAAACCCCAGGCAGCCACGUUCACCCCAGCUUUCCAGGUGGUUGCUGGCUUCUCCUUCACAGCACGCAGCCCUCAGGAGCUCACAUUGCAGGCAGGGCAGCCCGUGGUGGUGCUGGAGCCACACGACAAGAAGGGCAGCACCGAGUGGAGCCUGGUGGAGGUGAACGGGCAGCGGGGCUACGUUCCCUCCAGCUACCUGCUGACUGUCCCUGUGCAGGAGCCCGUGGGCUGGAGUCUGCCCGUGUGAGCAGCACCAGCACAGCAUCCGAAGGCUUCGUGCUGCUCACGGAGAGCUGUGUGCAUGGCACCCGAUGAGCUCAUUGCUGAGAGAGUGGAUGCUCAGCUCUGGGCUGGGGAAGCAGCAGAAUGUGGUCCAGGGGCUGUGGGUGCACGGUUGGAGGUGGGGAGAUGUACUUUGUGCUGUGCACAAGGGCAGGAAGGUGCGAGGGUGCCACGUCCCUGUGUGUUUGCUUCUUGCUGGGCAGCACGGAGAGAAGAGCUGGGAUGGAGCGACACGUGGCUGCAGCUCGGCAGGGAUUUGUAUCGGUGAGAAAAGUCCCUGUAGUGGUGGCGAGAGAGAACUGUCCCUGAGUAAAUCAGGUCUGAGCUGCAGUGCUGCAGUGCUGCAAACGGGGCUCCAGCCUGACACGUGUCUCUUGGAGAUGUGCUGUCCACAAAACGGGUGGGGUGAUGCUCCCCUGCGCCCACCCGCACGUCCGAGCGGCAUCUGGGCAUUGGGUGCUGUCACCUCUCGGCCACCGAGCCCUGCUCCUGUUGUUGGCUGUGACAAUACAAGGCUCCCGUGCCCGGCUCUGUGCCCACGCGUGGGGCUGCACGGCCGCGAGGUGGCGGAGCUGCCCCGGCACAGCUCAGCUCAGCUCAGCGCAGCCCCGCACAGCGCAGCACUGCAGCGCCUCCCUCCCGCAGCUCCUUCGGGAUCUUCCUUUCCCCGUCGCAUCGUGUCGAACCUCGGUGCCCGUGGAUAUUCCCUGCAGAUGCUGUCCCCUGGACGUGCGCUGUUAUACGGUGUGAGGACGCGGGGCACCAACUCACUUCUCUCAUUAUAUCGCCCCAGCCGGUCGCAGCGCUGCUGCCCCGAGGGUCUGGCUGCUCCCUCGGGGUCAGCGCAGGGCACGGGUCCCUUCCAGCCGAACCACGAGGAAGAAUAAAGGGCACAAACGUGCCUUUAAAUAGCGCAGCAAGGACACGCUCUCCUGAGAGGAACGCUCUGGCCGGGCUGGUGGAACAUGCCUGUGCCCGGGGGGGGGGGCUCCUGGCCAGGUGCCCACCUCAAGGUCAGGCAUUGCCCAGAGCAGCAGCAGGGCUGUGUGUGGGGCAGCCGCUCACCAGCCUGGGGUCUCCCUGUGGUGCAGGGCUCUGGUUGCAGUGGAGCUGGGUGGCACUGCUGCACACAACCUGCUGCUGGCCAGCAAGGGGCUCAGCGCUGGCACCGCGCCGAAGCUGAUUCAUAUCCUGGACGUGCUGGCAUUUGGAUGGUGUCCACCCAGAGGGUGCAACAACGAGGAUCAGAUCUGACCUGCUGGACCUGGGCCAGCUUGUUAAUGUGUGAGGUGCACAGUGACCGAGGCACAACUGGCAUAGCUGACAGAAGAACACCAUCCACGCAAACCCCAAGCCUGGGCUCCCAAACCUGCAUCCAUCCCAGGACACAAUGUGUGGCAGGGCUGUGGUGUGCAGUGAAUGCGGGGCUGGAUGCAGAGCAGCACAUGCAGCAGCAUCCCAGGAACCAAAGUACCUGCAGUACUGCACUGCUGGAGGGGCUGAGCCCCACAGAUGGCGGCCGCAGGGCUUGGAGAGAGGAGCACGGGCAUGAGCAGCACUGCUUGCUCCCAUCUUGCACAGCCAGCACCUGAAUUGUUUAAUAAAGUGUGAAAUUGCUUUCAUGCUCUGCUA